ACACUUGAAAUCACAAUGCAGUGCAAAACACAAGAGUGAAUCAGAUUCAGCAGAGAAAAUAGGAUAAUGGAGGCAUGCAAGAAGACGAAGGUUUUGAUGGUGGUGAUGAUGGUGUUGGGCACUGUGAUGAUGGAAGCGAAUGCGCAAUAUUACUCGUUCUGUGGCAUGCCGAAAGAUGGGUUGAAAGCAUGCUUGGGAAGUGUGAGUGGGGAGAACCCUGGUGAUCCAACCUCUGAUUGCUGCUCAGCCAUCGGAAAAGCUGAUCUUAAGUGCUUCUGCCGCUACAAGGAUUCGGGGUUGCUCUCUAUCUAUGGUGUUGAUCCCAACAAAUGCAUGCAACUCCCUGUUAAGUGCAAGCUUGUCGACUCCUUCCACUGUUAGAGACACUUUCUUAUGUACUCUUGUUUAUGUUUUCUUUUUAUGCUUUCUAAUGUUAUCUGUUUUUGUUUGUUGCUGUUGGUGUUGUUGUAAUGAUGUGAUUUGCUUGUUUCGCUGUUUCUUUAGUUUAUGUGUACAUCUUAUUUUGGUUUCUUCUUGUUAAUGUACUUGUCGAUCGUCCUCUUUGAAA